AUUAAGACAUCUCGUAUGGUUCGUCUUAGUAAACACAGAAUUGAAGUUGCAUACAACAAAAUUACUAAAAGAGCAACCAGUGCUGAGAUACAUAGCCUCCUUGUUCAUGAUGUUGGAGCUAUCAUUCGAUCACAUUGUCCAAUGAAUACAGGUUUUUGGGGGAAAAUACCUGUCGAUGAUAGAGCUGACCUUAUGGAUGAGAUCACGACGAACUUUAAGAUCGACUUUGAAGAUCCUGAUAUAAAAGAGUAUAUAAAUGGACUAUACAAUGGAAGGUAUAGAGAGUUCAAGGCUGAAUUGAGUAAAUAUUACAAGUCAUGUGAGACGCAUGCAAAAGCGCUGACCUUGCCUCCUCCAGAGAUGGUUGACAGAGAUAAGACUGAAUGGGAAUGGUUGUGUAAUCAUUUUAACUCAGAAAAGUUCAAAAAUGCGUCAUCUGCAAACACAACUAACCGUUCAAAUAAGAAGAACAACCACCGUACUGGUUCACGUCCUCUCUCAUAUAUAGUAGAGGAUAUGAUUGCGGAUGGUUCAAAGUUUCCAGAAGUUGCUGCGUUUGAGGUAACUUAUGCUGGGAAAGACAAGCGUUGGAUAAAUGAGGCAACAAAAGAACAACAUGUAAGAGACUAGCUUUAAAGUACAUUUAUUAUUCUUCAUACUCUAGUUACUAAUAACUUUAUAUGUGUUGUGUAAUUUUUUAUAGGAGAAAAUGGUUGUCAAAACUAAUGAGUAUCUAGCGGAAAAGGCAAAAGAAUAUCAUCUUCCUGAAGACACUCCUUUGGAGGAGAUACCUGUUGAUGAUCCUGAUAUUGGACUUGAAAUAAUGACUUUAGUUUUAGGUACCAAUUCAGGUCGUCGGAUUCGUGGUCUUCGAGAUUCAGGGGCAACAACUAAAAAAGUGCAAAUUUUGGAAAAAGAGUUGGAGGUGGAAAGAGCGGCACGAAAGGCUGCUGAUGCGGCUCGAAUAGAGACUGAACAGAGAAUGCAAAGUACCUUGAAAAAUGUUGGGCAAAAGUUCAACUCCACUUUACAAUCUUGGCAUCAAUCUUUAAUGCAGGUAGGUGUUGUUAUACCGCCAUUCACCCCUUUUUCGCUUGAAGAUGAAGAAGAAGAUGAGGCUGAUACGCUCUUGGAUGAUUAGUUAGAAAUUCAUAUGAUAUUAUUAAGUUAUUUUUAAAGGACAUCCAGAUGAACCAGGGCAUGUGUUAUUCUUUUAUUUGACAUUUAACUUUCGUUUCAGUUUAUUUGAUUUUUUUGGGAUGGUAUUAGUACUCGACGAUCUGGUUUUAGUUUGAUAUGGAGUUAUUAAACUUUGUUAUGCACAUUUAUGUGGAACCAUGAUUUUUAGUAUAAGUAUGUGUUAUAUCAUUUUAUGAUUUUU